UCCCACUUUAUUACCCCAAAUGACAGAUCUAUACCCGACAUCAACGUGUGCUCUCCAAAAUCUAGCUGGUUUCGUUUUCAUUCUGAAUCUUUUUUCCAUUUCCAUUUCCAUUUUUUUCUUCUGAUCUUGGGUCACCCUUUAUAUAAUUGAAUAAAAUACUAUAGAUUUACGGGAAUUAGUCAAAUUUUUAGGCUGUCUCCAACUUAAAACCAGAUAGUUCUUCCCGAGAUUUGCGUGCAGUUUGUCUAUUUAGUAUUUCUUCUAUAUUAUUAGUUUUUUGAAACUUGGUCAAGUUCCAGAAGGGUGGUGCAUCAGAUUUACUUUCUACUCUGCGGGGAUUCACAUCUUGAGCUCAUAUGAUCUUCAAGGUGCUGUCUUGUGAUUCAGCUGUUUCUCUGAUUGAUGACUAGAAGAAGUUGUCCUGGUGCUGUUCCUUAUUUCGCAUAACCCGUCAAGUUGAGCUUGGAGGGAUUUGGCGCAGUUAAUUCUAGGAUUUGCUGUGAUGGGUCAUGAAAGAUUUGGAUUGUUCAUCUGGGUGUGGUCAGUUUUGUGUUUGGUGUGCUUGUCUAGUGGAUUUAAUCCCACAGACAAUUACCUUAUUGAUUGUGGAUCUUCCACCAAUACUACAGUAGGAGGUCGAGUUUUCAUGGGUGACAACUUGGCCUCGAAGUAUCUUUCUUCCUCUCAAAGUGUCCUCGCAAGCACUUCCAAAUCUGAUCCCUCCACUGAUUAUUCAACACUCUAUCAAACAGCCAGAAUUCUUACCAGUGUCUCAAAGUUCACAUUUCCUAUUGGCCGGAAAGGGAGGCACUGGAUUCGUCUUUAUUUCUACCCUUUUGUUUAUACUAGUUACAAUAUGAAUUUGGCAAAUUUUGCUGUUUCUACCCAAAAUCAUGUCCUCCUCAGUAAUUUCAGUGUCACUACUGAUGUUGUCAAGGAAUUUUCUGUCAAUCUAACCUCAGAUAAGCUUGUUCUCACCUUCACUCCUUCCGACAAUUCAUUCGCAUUUUUAAAUGCCUUGGAAGUUGUUUCAGUCCCUGACGAGCUCAUUAUUGAUGAUGCCACUAGGCUUAGUACGAAUCAAAAUUUCCUAGGUCUGUUAUGGCAGGCUCUGGAGACAGUUUAUAGGGUGAACAUGGGGGGACCUAUGAUCUCCUUUGAGAAUGAUACCCUGGGGAGAACUUGGGUGCCAGAUCAGAGCUACCUCGUGCAAAAAAAUCUUGCUACUAAUGUAUCUAAUAUUGAAGCAGUGAAGUAUCCACAAGAUGGGGCAACACCAGACACUGCUCCAAAGACAGUUUAUGGUACAUGCACCCGGAUGAACUCCGAAGGUGAUCCCAACAGCAACUUCAACAUCACUUGGGAGUUUGAUGUGGAUCCAGGAUUUCAAUACCUUGUUAGAUUUCACUUUUGUGAUAUUGUCAGCAAAUCUCUGAACCAACUCUACUUCAAUCUUUAUAUUGGCUACGUGAUCGCUUGUCAGCCCGUCGAUCUGAGUGUUUUGGCUACUAAUCAACUGGCUGUUGCUUUGUAUAUGGAUUAUGUGGUGGCAUCGAACACUAAUAAUAAGCUUCGUGUGAGUGUUGGCCCUUCUCCUCUACAUGGCACAUACCCAGAUGCCAUUCUAAAUGGACUGGAAAUCAUGAAAAUGAACAAUUCUGAUGGCAGCCUCAGCGGGUUGGGCUCUGUUGCUUCAGAUUCAAGUGCAAAGAAGAAAGUUGGUGUGAUAGUUGGCGUGAGCAUUGCAGCUGCUUUUGCAGUGGUUUUGGCAGCGUUUCUCUUUGUAUGCAAUAGAAGAAGAAGAUUGGCACGUCAAGGCCUCUCAAAGACAUGGAUUCCUUUGUCAAUUAAUGGAGGAAAUUCUCACACCAUGGGGAGUAAGUACUCCAAUGUGACUACUGCUAGUAUCAAUUCUAACUUGGGGUACCGUUUUCCUUUUGUGGCUGUCCAGGAGGCCACAAACAACUUUGAUGAGAGUUGGGUUAUUGGUAUUGGUGGUUUUGGUAAGGUUUACAAGGGAGUUUUGAAUGAUGGCACCGUGGCAGUUAAGAGGGGAAAUCCAAAGUCCCAGCAAGGGCUUGCAGAGUUCCGGACUGAGAUUGAGAUGCUAUCCCAAUUCCGCCAUCGCCACCUGGUUUCAUUAAUUGGCUACUGUGAUGAAAGGAAUGAGAUGAUUUUGAUCUAUGAAUAUAUGGAAAAUGGAACUCUUAAGAGUCAUCUCUAUGGCUCAGGUCUUCCCAGCUUGAGUUGGAAACAGAGGCUUGAGAUAUGCAUUGGAGCAGCUAGAGGACUACAUUACCUUCACACUGGAUAUGCAAAAGCAGUUAUUCAUCGUGAUGUGAAGUCGGCAAACAUACUGCUUGAUGAGAAUCUCAUGGCAAAAGUUGCUGAUUUUGGUCUAUCAAAGACUGGACCUGAGAUUGAUCAGACUCAUGUGAGUACUGCUGUAAAAGGAAGUUUUGGGUAUCUGGAUCCUGAAUAUUUCAGAAGGCAACAAUUGACAGAGAAAUCAGAUGUGUAUUCAUUUGGUGUGGUUCUGUUUGAAAUUCUUUGUGCAAGACCUGUGAUAGAUCCAACUCUUCCUAGGGAAAUGGUGAACUUAGCUGAAUGGGCAAUGAAAUGGCAGAAAAAAGGGCAGUUGGAACAAAUAAUAGAUCCUGCUCUUGUGGGAAAGAUCAGGCCGGAUUCUCUUAGAAAGUUUGGAGAAACUGCUGAGAAGUGCUUGGCUGAUUUCGGUGUUGACAGGCCCUCUAUGGGAGAUGUCUUAUGGAAUCUAGAGUAUGCAUUUCAACUUGAGGAGGCAGUCAUUCAAGGUGAUCCGGAUGAAAACAGCACUAACAUGAUCGGGGAGCUUUCUCCACAAGUCAACAAUUUCGGUCAGCAUGAUGAUCGUUCUGUUUCCACCACACCGUUUGAAGUGUCAAGUGUUGAUGAUCUCUCUGGUGUUUCAAUGAGUAAGGUGUUUUCACAACUGGUGAAGUCUGAAGGCAGGUGAGUCAUCCAAGAAGGUUCUAUUUACUGGUUUAGCAUCUCAUUUAACACUACUUCUGUGGUUUGCCUCUGCCCUGUGAUCAAUUCGCUGCUUGUCAAGUUGGAUUAGUUAGGUAUCAUUUUUCUUCGUUCUGUUUUAAAAGUUAGCAUUCUAAAUUUGUUCAGAUAUAUUUGCUUUGUCUUGUGAUGGCGUAGAAACCAAACAAAAUCGUUUGUGGUGUUCUGAUAUUAGAAGUACAAAAUGUGUUGAGAUUUUUCUUGUACAGAAGGAAUGUGGUGUGUUAAAGCAAGUUUUAGGAAAUUUGAUAAGUACCCUUGCAUUUGAAUGUUAUGUUGCCUGUUUCUGUCAAUUUC